CUGGUGGCGCUGAGGAGACAAGUACCACCUGACCCUCACUUUUCUUCCCCACCACACGCACGCUGGUUCUCCUCCUUCAACAUUCCGACCUCGCUAUCAUGAGGCCGCAGUUACUCAAACUCCUGGCGGUGGCGCUAGCGAUGGCGUCUGCUGCUCAGGGAGACAAACUACCUGGUGGAGGACACAGCGGAGGACACGGCGGGGGCAACAGACAAGGACAUGGCGGGGGAGGGGGCGGGGGUUCAGGCUCGGCGGGGGGCCUGAGUAGCUCGUAUAGUUCUAGUUCUUUCAGUGGCAGCGGCGGUUCAUCAGGCGCGCCCAGCCAGACGUACGGCGCCCCGCCCGCCCAGACAUACGGCCCACCCUCGCAGACUCAGACCACUCAAUCACUUAGUCAGACUUAUGGACCACCUCAGUCAGGCCAGACACAGACCGUAAGUCAGACAUACAGUGCCCCAAAUACACAGGCACCUUCCCAAAGCUACGGCACCCCACAAGCCUCCACUCCCAGCCAGAGUUACGGGGCACCUGGGGAGAGUCUCAAGCCUCCUUCUCAAACUUACGGAGCCCCUCAGCAACCCUCUCAAAGUUAUGGAACACCUCAGCAGCAGCAAAGACCUUCCCAGAGCUACGGAACACCCCAACAGUCUCAGCAGGGGCCUUCACAAUCUUAUGGAACGCCUCAACAGCAGCAGAGGCCAUCACAGAGCUAUGGAACACCUCAGCAACAACAGCAACGUCCAUCACAGAACUACGGAACUCCUCAACAGCAACAGCAGCAGCAACGACCAUCACAAUCUUAUGGAACACCACAGCAGCAGCAGCAGCAGCAGCGACCAUCACAAAGCUAUGGAACUCCUCAGCAGCAGCAGCAGCAGCAGCAGCAGCAGAGACCGUCACAGUCUUACGGAACACCUCAACAAAGGCAACAGCAACCUUCGCAGAGCUAUGGAACACCACAGCAGCAGCAGCAGCCGUCGCAGAGCUACGGUGCACCCCAGCAGCCUUCCCAGAGCUACGGAGCUCCACAACAAACUCAAAACAAUGGUUACGGAGGACAACAGAGUAACGGAGGAAGAAAUGGCGGGGGAGGUGGCGGCUAUGGUGGAGGACAACAAAACGGUGGCGGCGGCGGCGGCGGUUACGGUGGAGGACAGCAAAACGGCGGUGGCAGCGGAGGCUAUGGUGGUGGACAGCAGAACGGCGGCGGCGGAGGUUAUGGUGGAGGCGGUGAUAACAUGAAGGGGAUGCCGUAUGGGUUCGACUACGCUGUGCAGGACCAGUACUCUGGGGUGGACUUCUCACAGAAAGAAGAGAGUGACGGCAACGUGGUGACAGGCGAAUACCGUGUUCAGCUUCCCGAUGGCCGCUUGCAGAUCGUCACCUACACUGCUGACCAUGAGAACGGAUUUGUGGCGGACGUGAGGUAUGAGGGUGAGGCGCAGUACCCCUCAGGAAACGGCGGUGGUGGUGGUUAUGGCGGCGGACAACAGGGCGGCGGUGGUGGUGGUUAUGGCGGCGGACAACAGGGCGGCGGCAGCGGCGAUGGCGGUUAUGGCGGCCAGCAGGGCGGCGGCAGCGGUGGCGGUUAUGGUGGCCAGCAGGGCGGCGGCAGCGGAGGAGGUUAUGGCGGUGGACAACAGGGCGGUAGCGGCAGUGGUUACGGAGGUCAGCAGGGAGGCGGCGGAGGCGGUUAUGGUGGCCAGCAGGGUGGUAACGGCGGCGGCGGUGGUUAUGGCAGCGGCCAGCAGGGCGGCAGCGGUGGUUAUGGCGGUGGCCAGCAGGGCGGCAGCGGCAGCGGUGGUGGUUAUGGCGGUGGCGCAGGCGGCGGUGGCCAGCAGGGCGGCGGCGGCGGCGGUUAUGGAGGCGGACAACAGAAUUUCGGUCAGAAGGUGAACGGAGGAGGUGGUGGCGGUAGCAGCUACAGUGGCGGGAACAAUUUCGGCAGUGGGGGCAGCACGGGUUACGGGAGGAGGAAGUAAUUAAUAGGUACCACCACUCACGUUCCUCCUCCUCUUGGCAACACUUAUUCUUCCAAGUCAACAGUGGCACCUAAAUAACUACCAUUUGGAUGAGUGACGCUGGGAAUGCGAUCCUUAGCUGUCUCUUCAGCCUUGAACCGACUCACCGUCAGAAAGAAAGAAAAAGAGAGAGAGAGAGAGAGAGAGAGAGAGAGAGAGAGAGAGAGAGAGAGAGAGAGAGAGAGAGAGAGAGAGAGAGAGAGAGAGAGAGAGAGAGAG